UUCAUCAUACCAUCAAUCAAACUAUCCAAGUCAUCGUCUUUUCUCCCACAGACACAACCACACUUCUGCCUUCUUCACAUCCCGCACAGUAGGCAAACAGUUCUGCAUUCAAUUGCACGAUUGCACAACGAGACUUCCUCCGCGAGCAUCAACGUUUUCUGAGAGCACACUACAGCAUGGUGUCAAUUGCACCAACUUCUCUGUCGGCUUCAUCGGUAGUUCCCUCAACGUCCAAAAUUCCUACUUCAGUUGACGAAGCCCCGCGGACGAUACGGUUUACCAAUGUGGAGCAUCUCCGUGAGACAAUUGAGUCUACCACUAGUGAUAUCCUCAUCGUCACAGAUAUCACUCCCGCUCAAUUCGCUGACUUCGACCGUGAGGAUGGGCCGCUCCGUGGGGUUCGGUUUCGCCAGUAUAACAGCAAUUCCCAGAUCCUCAUCAUCACGAUCCCCACCCGCUUGCAUGAAGCGCUCCAUCUCGAGUUGUAUCAGAGUUUCAUGAGAGACGGCCAGAAUUGGUCUAUUCGAUAGUUGGGAAUCAACUGGGCAUACCACAUAUCGAGAAGGUCAUCCUGGAGGAAACGCAGGAGAAGGUGAUUCGACAGGCGGACCAUAU